GCCAAGUCUGGCAGCUGCAGUUCUGCUCGGGAGUCACGGGGAGUAGAGGCCCCGGGAACCAUGGCGGCGGUAGUGGCGGCGGCGGCUGUGCGGGCUCGGAUCCUGCAGGUUUCUUCCAAGGUGAACUCCACUUGGUAUUCAGCAUCCUCCUUCUCUUCUUCAGUGCCAACUGUAAAGCUCUUCAUUGAUGGGAAAUUUGUUGAAUCCAAAAGUGACAAAUGGAUCGACAUCCACAACCCAGCCACCAAUGAGGUCAUUGGUCGGGUCCCUCAGGCCACCAAGGCUGAAAUGGAUGCAGCUGUUGCCUCCUGCAAACGUUCUUUUCCCGCAUGGGCAGACACUUCAGUAUUAAGCCGUCAGCAGGUUCUGCUUCGCUAUCAACAACUUAUUAAAGAAAACUUGAAAGAAAUUGCCAGGUUAAUCACUCUGGAACAAGGGAAGACCCUAGCGGAUGCUGAAGGAGAUGUGUUUCGAGGCCUUCAGGUGGUUGAGCAUGCCUGCAGUGUGACAUCCCUCCUGCUGGGAGAGACCAUGCCAUCCAUCACCAAAGACAUGGACCUUUAUUCCUACCGUCUGCCUCUGGGGGUGUGUGCAGGCAUUGCUCCAUUCAAUUUUCCUGCCAUGAUCCCCCUUUGGAUGUUUCCCAUGGCCAUGGUGUGUGGAAAUACCUUCCUAAUGAAACCAUCAGAGCGAGUCCCUGGAGCAACUAUGCUUCUUGCUAAGUUGCUUCAGGACUCUGGUGCCCCUGAUGGAACACUGAACAUCAUCCAUGGACAACAUGACGCUGUGAACUUCAUUUGUGAUCAUCCGGAUAUCAAAGCAAUCAGCUUUGUGGGAUCCAACCAGGCAGGAGAGUACAUCUUCGAGAGAGGGUCAAGACAUGGCAAGAGAGUUCAAGCCAACAUGGGAGCCAAGAACCAUGGGGUAGUCAUGCCAGAUGCCAAUAAGGAAAAUACACUGAACCAGUUGGUUGGGGCAGCAUUUGGAGCUGCUGGUCAGCGCUGCAUGGCUCUUUCAACAGCGAUCCUUGUGGGAGAAGCUAAGAAGUGGCUGCCAGAGCUGGUGGAGCGUGCCAAAAACCUGAGAGUCAACGCAGGAGACCAGCCUGGAGCUGAUCUUGGCCCUCUGAUCACACCCCAGGCCAAAGAGCGAGUCUGUAAUCUGAUUGAUAGUGGAACAAAGGAGGGAGCCUCCAUCCUUCUUGAUGGUCGAAAUAUUAAAGUCAAAGGCUAUGAAAAUGGCAACUUUGUUGGACCAACCAUCAUCUCAAAUGUCAAGCCAAAUAUGACUUGUUACAAAGAGGAGAUUUUUGGUCCAGUUCUUGUGGUUCUGGAGACAGAUACUUUGGAUGAAGCCAUCAAGAUUGUAAAUGAUAACCCCUAUGGAAAUGGAACUGCCAUCUUCACCACCAAUGGAGCCACCGCUAGGAAAUAUUCCCACUUGGUGGAUGUUGGACAGGUGGGUGUGAAUGUCCCCAUUCCAGUGCCUUUACCAAUGUUCUCAUUCACUGGCUCUCGAUCUUCCUUCAGGGGAGACACCAAUUUCUAUGGCAAACAGGGCAUCCAAUUCUACACUCAGCUAAAGACCAUCACUUCUCAGUGGAAAGAAGAAGAUGCUACUCUUUCCUCACCUGCUGUGGUCAUGCCUACCAUGGGCCGUUAGAAUGAGUUGUUCCAGACUCAGUCCAUCCUGAGUCAUCUCCCUUUAUGCUUGACCACCUUCAUUUGCCAACUUUGUUCAGAUCAGAUCCCUGAGAAUGGAAUACCUUGUAACUAAAUCUUUCUCAGGACCAUUAGCCCCUGCACAGUUGCUAUAGAGAGACUCCUGGUGUAAAUCUGAAACCGGAUUUACUUACUCUUCAUACUUCUCUUUUUGAGGUAACUGUUGUUAACUGUGAAAUGUUAAUCUGAAGGAGAGUUUAGAGCUGUUUUCUAAAAAUUCUUCCCUCUUCUGAUAACGUGAAGGGAAGAUUAGUGUUUGUAAAGAUCAUCCAUAAUUCACCCUUUGGUUGACCUUCAAACAGCCCUACAUAAUUGCCAGUGGGGGAUACACCACUGCCAGGCUUUCCUGAGCCUAUCAUCCCAUACUACACAAGAUAUAGUCCAUUUCUACUUA